AUGAGCAUCCCUGGUGAGGUCACGGAGCGUGUGAUGCAAUACCUGGCUAGCGCCGACGAGAUCCUCAUGGCCGCCGAGCUGGGCGAAGCAAGCGAGUAUACGCAGGGACUUCGGAACCUGCGUUCCGCCGCUCCACGCAGCAGCUUGGCGCUGCCCGUUUUGAAGGCCAACCACCCACUCUUUUGUGAGCGCGACGUCGCUGCGGUUGUCGGCUACCCGACGGCCAUCGCCGUCACCAGCCCCGGCGGCUUGCGCUCGGCUUGUCUUGGUCUUGGUCCGAUCUCGGCGGACCCCGGCAUGUACCCGUGUGUGCUGACGGCACCACUCUCCGUCUACCGUCAGGCGUACGGUGGGCAGGCGAAGCAUGCAAUCCAGUGGACGCUCGACUCGCUGCAACAAGUGCCGGUGCACUCGCUGACGUUAUCGGGCGGCACAGCACUACCUCUGCAAACUUGCAGUGACGAACUGAUGGCGUCGCGCAUCCGCUUUAUCGUCACGUAUGGCACGCAGAUGGGAUCGUCUGGCUUGGCGCACCUGCAAAUUCACAACAUCGCAGUGUCAGGAAGACGCGUCGUUGCGUUGAGCAACGCGCUGCAAGAGUGCCCAACGCUGACCACGAUUGUGGUUCGAACCGACGACGUCUGCGAGGAUCUCAACUUGCAUCUGGCCGUGGUCGGUGUCGGUGUCCCAGACACCAGUAUCCCAUCCUCGGUGACGUCGCUAACGUUUGAUCCCGCCGUCUUUUCGCCCGACGUCGGCGCUCAGCUGGGCGACGCUUAG